AUGUAUGUGUCUCCGCUGGUGAUAGCGGAGGUGAGGUUUGUCACCGACCUAACCAGCCCGCAGGGGUUUGGCCUUCAACACGAUGUCCAAUCACCGAGACGCGAAGCGACCAAUGAGAGGGCAGCGGGCAGCAAGGGCAGCGGUCGGACAGCGCGUGCGCACUGUACAGCGGCAGGCGGCGAUGACUCACAGCGAGUGAGCGAGAUGGCAGCAGGAUGGCACGAUGGCAGGAGCAGACGUCCGCACAGCUACGGCUGUAUGCCGGGUAACAAGAGUGUGUUCGAGUACUCCGCUAAGCUGACAGAAGAGGAGUUCCAGGAACGUCCUAUCAUCAACUGGGAUGGUAUCGUGUGGGUUAACCGCCCACUGUUCUUGUGGGUGCUGCAGGUCAUCCUCGCGAUGAUAUCGCUCUCCGAGGCUAUUCUGUUAGCCUACCUCGGGUACAAGGGCAACAUUUGGCAACAGAUUCUAUCCUUCCAUUUCAUACUGGAGAUGGUGAACACGGUCCCAUUUGCCCUGACGCUACAUCCUCUAUCCUCCUUUGAGAAACCUAAUGACCUGCACCGAGCUAUGCAGAAGUCACAAUCAGCCCUGUCGCAGCAACUGAUGAUUCUAUGCGUUACUCUUCUAUGUCUCGUCUUUACCAGUAUGAAUCGACAAAACAACGAGAUUCGACGAGGCCGCAGGAGUAAAGCGGUGUGGCGAAGCCGUAGCCGGACUGCAAGGCGAUAUUGCAGCCGGUCUCCAAGGCGAUAUUACAGCCGGUCUCCAAGGCGAUAUUACAGCCGGUCUCCAAGGCGAUGUAGCAGUCGAGACUCGUGUUACAGCCGUAAGUCAAGCUCAAGAUAUUAUUCUCGCGGCAGAUCAAACUGCCGUGGCCAAGGCGAUGUGUCACGGCGCAGACGCAGCAGGACUACGCCUCAACGCAGCCCCAGUCUACACUCGCGACGUGACGAGAUGCAACAAGAACAACGAACACGUAAUGGUGAACCACAGCAACAUGUCCAUGAGUCAUAUACAUCACAAACUGACCAUCAGGCCCUGUCAAAACCUACUGAAUUAGCUACUAUAUUUAAAGAGUUUAUGCAAACCAUGAAGCACACAGCGCGAGUGAGUGAACAAUUUCCAAGUAUGAACGUUGUACCAGAAUUCGAUCCGGUCAAACGCAAUCAAACCAUUGAAAUGUGGCUUUUAAAAGUCAAUGAAUGUGCGACGAUUUAUAACUGGUCUGAGCGACAAGUUAUACAUUAUGCGUUGCCCAAAUUAUCUGGAUUGGCUCAAAAGUGGUAUCAGGGGUUGCCAAGUCUCAUGUUUUCAUGGCCUGAAUGGCAAGAUAAGUUAAGAUUAGCUUUUCCUAGUGAAGACAAUUAUGCACAACUACUGACGGAAAUGCUCGCUUGCAGAGCGCAGGAUCGAUCCAUUAGAACCAGUGCUGAAGCGGCACAAUUUUCUGAACCAGAUAAAUUAUUAGUUUAUCUAAGAAAUGUUAAAAUUUUAAAAAGAACUGAGAAGAAUAAUAACGCCUUGAAAUCAGGUGCUACUGACAAUAAGCGACAGAGAACAAAUAAGUUCAUUCAAAUGAGAUCAGAAUCUACAAACAAUUCAAAAUGUUAUAUCUGUAGUGAAAUUGGUCAUCCAUAUUACAAGUGUAAGCAACCCAUUAAGCGAUGCAGUCAAUGCCAUAAAAUUGGACAUCUUGAAGCAAAUUGUCCUCUUAAGAAGGAAUCUAGCGAUGCUAAGACUGUUUUACGGAUAUCCCAGGAACGAGAUACAGAUCUAAAAUAUUUUAAAAAGGCCAAUGUUAAUGGCCGUGAACUAGAUUGUUUUGUUGACUUUGGUAGUCAAUGCACUAUAUUAACGGAGUCUGUGGCGAAAGAACUAGCUAUUAGUUGGUCAACACAGGACCUGCCUGUGUUGAGGGGUUUUGGUGAUUCUUUGGUUAACAGUUUGGGAAAAUGUAACGUUCAAAUUGAGGUAGAUUCAGCUAAGGCUAAUGUAGAUGUCCUUAUCGUUCCUGAUUAUUUAUUAAAGGUCCCAUUAUUGUUAGGACAAAGUUUCACCGAACAAAACCAUAUUUUGGUUUAUAAGACUAACGAUAACUUAAAAAUAACUACUACUUUGGCUAAAGACCACAUUUUUCUUUGUAAUUCUGAACUAGUCACCAUCAACGGACUCUCGGAAGUAAAAAUGAAAGCAUCCAUGCCGAAUUAUAAUGGCGAUCGUUUCUUCGGUGAAUAUGAAGGAAAAAGUUUAACUUACGCUAGUUUCCACUCACACCGCAAGUACGGGGUGGCUUUGGUAGGAGUUCGUCCAGCCGAAUUACCAGAAUUCUAUGAAGAAACAAUACUUUUGAACCCGGGACCGAGACACAUAAUGAAAGCGAGCGACACGUGCUAUUACAUGAGCAUAACAAAAGAAGAGAAUUCCGCUUUCGUAGUUUCCGAUCAACAAACCGAAAGCAAACCGUUGAUAACAAAAGAUCAAACUGCAUGUAGCCUCCUCUCUAGCGAAGGAAGAAGAAAGGGCGGAGACGGCGAGGAGGCCGCGGCCCAGCCCAGAACAGCAGACGGUAGUAACAUGGCUCAAUCAGCCCUUCCACAAGUGGUUCUACAAGCUCCCGCGACCUCCCCACCAAAUGCAUCGCCAUCACGCAUCAAUACUGUAUCAUCCGCUAAUUUAACUGUUGCUAGCUGUGAGUGCCACGGUCGGAUACUGUAUAAAGGUGACGGGUCGGACCACAGGGGGGGUCUCAAAGAUUCACCAGCCGCAGAUAGCGCCACGGACAGUCAUUUGCUUCUACCAAGAACAGAUAAUCAUUAUUUAAGUCCGGACACUCUUCAUCAUCGGCGAGUACCGGACAUGGUGACCAGUAGCUUUAACAUCGCAGAAGAAGAACGGGAAAGGGAGAGGGAACUAGACAUGAGCGAGGAAGAGUUAGAGGAUAAUGCUCACUUCAGAACCAAAACAUCGUUGAAUCCUAUCAUACUUCUCCUGGAACGAAGACCUGAUAUCGCGUUCCUCGAUGCGAUAUCUUACUUUCCACUUGUCUACUGGAUGAUGGGAUCUAUUGACUCGCUGGAUGACCUACUGAGAGCUGGAAUAACACUUGCGGAAAACGUAGUGGUUGUAAACAAAGAAUUAUCCAACUCGGCUGAGGAAGACAGUUUGUCUGACUGCAAUACCAUCGUCGCCGUGCAGACCAUGUUCAAAUUUUUCCCAUCGAUAAGAUCAAUAACAGAACUGUCGCAGUCAUCAAAUAUGCGUUUUAUGCAAUUCCGAGCUCAUGAUAAAUAUGCAUUGCAUCUUUCCAAGAUGGAAAAGAGAGAGAAAGAGCGAGGUUCUCAUAUCUCGUAUAUGUUCCGUCUCCCCUUUGCGGCGGGUUCCGUAUUUUCAGCAUCCAUGUUGGACACACUACUCUACCAGGCCUUCGUCAAAGAUUACGUCAUCACCUUCGUGCGGCUGCUGCUGGGGGUCGACCAGGCUCCCGGCUCAGGCUUCCUAACAUCUAUGAGAAUAGGAAAGGGAGACAUGUGGAUUCGCACGUAUGGCCGACUAUACCAAAAGUUGUGCUCGACUUCUUGCGAAAUCCCUAUUGGGAUCUAUAGAACGCAGGAUACAAGCCUGGCCGACCCCUCACACCACGUGAGUAUGUCGCCACGCGGCUCGCCAAGUUGGUUGUGGUCACGACUGACGGGAAUGCGACCAUCGCGGCCAUCGCAGGGUGGGCAGAGCAAGGCGCGGUCUGGGGAUUCGAGGGGGGCGCGAGACACGAGUUCCAGCUCCCCCACGGGCUGCCUCACGGGCUGCUACGGCGACCGCACGCCGGUGUAUUCAGCGAGUCUAGCCGACGAGGCAAGAGACAACCACGCGCAACAGAUAGACCGGGCUGAGAUUGCAAAUCUGGUUCGCUCCCGCAUGGAGUCGCUCAACCUGAACGUCAUUGACUAUGACGACGUGAGUGAGAAGAGGAACAGUCUCUCCUACGUUAUUAUUAACCCAAGCUGCGACCUUAACCUGUGUGAGGGAGACGUAAUAUAUUUGGUUCGGCCAUCUCCAUUCGCAGCUCAAAAAACAUUCGAAAGACACAAUAGCAGACGAAAAUCGAACAUUAGUUUUUGUUCAAGUAUAUGCGCAGCAGCAAGUGCUGGGAGCGGACGACAUGGCUCUACACUUUCAGCUGUGCGGGCACCGCCACUCUGUACCACAAAAGCUAAUUCACUAUCAUUACCAGAUAGUCCAACUGUCCUCACAGAUUUUCGUGGUCGCUCAAACUCUCUGCGAGUUGUGGAUGAUGCAAUGUUGUGCCGAUCAGCAUCGCUCCGUCAGGGGCUUGGCACAAGCCCACGGAGGAGAAAAAGCAGUCUCGAGGAAAUUGGAAUUACGCAUUUCAAUUCUCUGUUACAACAUCAGCAGCAACAACAAGAGCAGGACACUGAAGCGAUUAAAAUGGCUUUGCAAGGAAGUGCUAGACUAGAGGUGACACCACUGGAAGACAGAGUUGCGUCCGUCUUCGCCUGAGCCCCAACACCUGCAGGGAACCAUCGUCUAAUUCGGUCCCACUUUGGGUCCUCUAAACAAUUGUUAAUGAAUAUUUAUACAGUACUACAGCUCCAAAGAGUUUAGUGUCUGUCCCCUUUAUAAACUUA